GUUAAAAGCUGUGUCAGCUGCCGGUCUGGGGCAAACAGACAGAAGGAGGGGGACAGGUGGGGCAGCAUGACAGGUGGCUGAGAAGCCAGGUGGACAGUGGGAGAGCUGACUAGCAGAGUGGUGGGUGGAUGACAGGAAGGCAGGUAGUGGACAGAGAGAGCAGAGACAGACAGUCUGAAAUUGUGACAACCACAUGGAGGACCCAGCAGGCAGAGGGACAAGGACCUGGAGGUGGGUCACCCUGGGUUCCAGCAUCCUGUUGCUCUUCUGUGUUACUGGGCUCAGCCAACCGGCCACAGAGAAGAUUGUCAAAGGCAAGGAGUGUGCCCGUCACUCACAGCCUUGGCAGGUGGGGCUGUUUGAGGGCGCCAACCUGCGCUGUGGGGGGGUCCUCAUUGACCGCAGGUGGGUCCUCACAGCUGCUCACUGCAGUGGCAGGUACUGGGUGCGCCUGGGGGAGCAUAGCCUCAGCAGGCUGGACUGGACGGAGAAGAUUCGGCGAAGUGGCUUCUCCAUGACCCACCCCAGUUACCAGGGAGCCCAGCACAGCCAUGACAAUGACAUCCGGCUCCUGCGACUGGGCACCCCCGUCCCCUUGACUCGCAGCAUCCAGCCCCUUCCCCUGCCCACCACCUGUGCAGUGGCUGGCACCAAAUGCCAGAUCUCAGGCUGGGGCAUCACCAAUCAACUCUGGAACCCAUUUCCGGACCUGCUCCAGUGCCUCAAUGUCUCCAUUGUUUCCAGUGCUGCCUGCCGGGCUGUGUUCCCAGGGAGAAUCACGGACAACAUGGUGUGUGCCAGCGGCACCGAAGGGGCGGAUGCCUGCCAGGGCGACUCUGGGGGGCCCCUGGUGUGCGGAAACGUCCUUCAGGGUCUGGUGUCCUGGGGGACCGUGGAGCCUUGUGGCCAAAAAGGCAUCCCGGGAGUCUACACCAAUAUUUGCAAAUAUGUGGACUGGAUCCGGAUGGUCAUGAGGAACAACUAACGUGCUCCCUCCACCUCCACCUUCCACCCCUCAGCUUGGGGGCUACACUGACUGAACCCUCCGAGCAUCAACACCUCUUCCGUUAUCACCCCUGGCUCCCACUCUUCUUGGGCUGGGGAUCUUCCUCCCAGAACUCCCCCUCCAGCCAGCGCUUCUAGGUCCCGUGGUCGGGGGAGGGAGGAAUGUCUGACUAUCCGAAUAAAUAUAACUGGAAGGAA